UCCGGUGCGGCGGGGGGGGCUGCGGGGGCUCCGCUCCUGCGCUUGAGCGGUCGGGGCAGGAGGCGGCCGCCGGCCGUGCCGCUGUCCGGCGGGCCGCCAUGGAGUUCACCCGCCGGCGGGGCAGGCGGCAGGAGGACAGCGGGCUGGGCAGUGUCCUCGACCUGCUCUUGGCCAACGCCAGGCUGGUGCUGGGGGUCACCGGGGCUGCCGUGCUCGCCAUCGCCACGUUGGCCGUCAAGAGGCUGAUCGACCGAGCCACCAGCCCUCGAGAUGAAGGCGACCCCAAAGCUGAGCAGAAGACCCUGGAGGAGAGCUGGCAGGACCUGGCCUUGAUCAAAGCAACUCCAAAACCCCCCAAGAAGCAGAGAAGGGAAGACCUCAGCAAACCUCUGCUCUCUCCAGCUCAGCCACCAGUGCCAGAGCCCAAAGGCUGUCCUGUUCCUCUGGAAACUCCUCGGGUUGAAUCCAUCCCUCCUCGCUGCCUCACGCUGCAGGAGAAGCUCCUCUCCCACUACAGCACCCACCUGGCUGUGCCUGAGGCCCAAGUGUCCCUCGCCCUGCAGCUGACCAGGAGCAUCUGUGUCCAACUGCAGAAAUUCCUGCGGAACAAAUGCCCAGAGCUGCCCUUUGGCAGCCUCUUCCUCAGUGGCCCCCUGCUCGAUGGCCUCGGGGCUCUCACAGCUGACCACAUCCACCUCAUGCUGCCGGUGGUCCUUGAUUCCGUGCUCUGGAGCCUCAUCCCAGGGGAGGACACGGUGGUGAGGAACCCCCAGUACUGGAUGAUCAAGAGGACUGAUCUGCAGUAUUUCCCUCGUGGGUGCAGCCCCUGGGAUAGGUUCAUCGUGGGCCAGUACCUCUCGUCCAAUGCGCUGGGUGAGACCCUCCACAAGAUGCUGGUGGCCUCCAUCAACUGGCCUGCCAUCGGCAGCCUGCUGGGCUGUGUCAUCCACCCUCUGGUGGCCUCCCAGGAGCUGAAGCUGGAAGUCAAACACGACGAGGUCGAGCUGAACGUCACGCUCUUCCCAGUGGUAGAAAUGGAGAACAAGGUUCUCCUGGCUGUUCCUCCUGAAGGGUUGGUGGAAAACCUCUGGCUCGAGAGUUUUUACAGGGCAGAGGUCUGGAAGGUGAAGGAACUGGAUGCUGGUGACUGCGGGGCACGGCAGCGCUGCCUCCGCAUCCUGAACGGUGUCUGCAAGAGCCAUCCCGCCCUGCGCAAACUGAGUGGCAGCCCCUUGACACAUGUUGUCCUUCACCUCAGUGCCACCACUUCAGACUGGGCAGAAGAAAGCCUUGCUGAGAGGUUCCAGCAGGUGCUGGAAGAGCUGGUGGGUUACCUGGAGAAAGGGGUCCUGCCUUCCUACUUCAACCACAAAAUCAACCUUUUCUGCCAGCUGUUGGAAGAGGAAGUUGAUGAGAUGGGCUUCGUGCUCUACAGGGCCAUAUCUGAGCCAGAGCUCCUGCUGAAGGAGAAAUGAGUGUGUUGGGAGCUCUUGAAUAUGGCGUGUUCCUCACCCAUCUCCUGCUCCCUGCUGUGAGGUUUUUGAUGCUUCUAGUUGACUGGUCAGAAAGAGGCAACGUUCUUGCACUUUACUGGGGAAAAAAACCCCAAAACUUCCUGUUUGAAUGAAAUGUGCCUGUGCCAAGGUGGGGGUUGGCUCUAGUUGUGUGCAGCUCACACCUUGAUUGAUUAUCUACAGGUCAGUCCCACCCUCUGGGUGCUGGGAGCUGACAUGAAGCAUGUUUGGUCUCUGGUUCCCAGUGUCCUCUGCCUGUCCCAGCCUGCUGUCACUGUGGUCAGGUUCCCCUUGUGCUGAGAACAUCUGGAGCUGGAGGGGAGCAGUUUCUUGCUGCUGCUGUGUCCUGCAGACCCCUCAGCCAGUUUUUGGGACAGGGUAGGAGCCUCAUCUAUCUGCAGGAUGCUGCCCAAGGGAUGAGCUGGGUGAUUGUCUGGGCACUUCAAGGUACAGCUGUAGAGAAGGAGGCUGCAGCUUGUCCCUUUCAGCUGCUGGGAGGGGGGAGCUCAGCCCCACCUCUUUGCUGGUACCGGUUCUGCCCUGAGGAAGGGAUGUGUUUCAGGGAUGGGGCUCUGUGGGCCUUGUCCCACAGCAGUGUUUUGCUGGAAGGUGUCCUCAAAAAGAGAGCUGCUGACUCCUUGGAGUUGUCCCCUCGGUGGAGGCUGGGGCAGGGCUGUGUGUCCCCUCCCCAGUGGGUGGUUGUUGCCAUCUGUGGGACUGCCCCAAACCCAGUGUCCCCUCCCUGGCUGUCCAGUGAUGGUUUCACACAUGUAUUGCUGCUAUCUUCAGGUUCUGUUCCCCUAAAGCCCUGUGGCAUGGGGUUGGAAAGUAGGACAGGAAUGAUGCUCUGAGCUGAAUGGUUGCAAGAGCUGAAGUGAUUUGUGCUUUUUAUUAAGAAGAUAUUUUGCUUGGGGGUUUUGUUUUGUGUUUUUUUGUUUUGAGUGGCUGCUAGUAGGCUCUGGUUCUGGCUGUAGUGCCAGGGCAAAGGAAUAUAUUCUUAAAUGUAAUGGGAAGAGCUGUUUUUGCACACUGAUGGAGCUGGAGAAAUCCUGUGGACUUCAGUGUGAGCAGCUGUCAUGGUUUGGUUUUCUUUACAGCUGUCAUCUUGGUUUGGGGAGGGGAAAAACAACCUGUGCUUUUCCUCCCAGUCUGUAGAUCAUUUAGUUUGUUCCUCCAAACCACUUCCCAGGUGUCUGCAAUAAUAAACCUCCCCUGUGUAUAUGGC